UGGUGCAAGUUUUUGACAGAAUGUUAUUAACUAAGCGGAGUUGACUUCGAUGUUUGUUGGACGAAAGAUGGAUUUUUUUAAAUAAUUAUUACGUAUUUGUUUUAUAUAAUGUGUUUAAACGUUUUUGUGUAAAAUGUGAUUGUGAUAUGAGUUUUGUGAUAUUCGGACAAAGAUGGCUGAAAUACUUCUUCAACGACGGAAAGUGGCUGCAGUGCUAAUCGAACCAAAUCCUUUGAUAAUAUUGUUGAUUAUUUCUUUGUUACAACUAUGUGUGGCUCAAGUUAUAAACAGAGCGCCUCAUUUUAUCCCGCAAACUGGAGAUAUGUCUAAAUUUAGUUUACCUGAGAAUACUCCUGUAGGAACGCCAGUAUAUCACUUAAAAGGCAUAGAUCCAGAAAAUGGUCCAUUAAGGUAUUCCAUAUCGGGGCAGUACUUUAGUGUGGAUUCUGCAACUGGCGUCGUCACAUUGGCUAAGUCUUUAGAUAGAGAGGAGCAAUCAGCUCUAGAAGUCAUAAUCAGUAUUACAGAUGAAGGCAUGGAAGACACCGAACCCAAUACAGUAUCUCUUCGACGUGUCAUCCCCGUGAAAGAUGUGAACGACAACCCGCCUAUAUUUCACAACAGGCCCUACAUAGUCAAUAUAAGUGAAGCAACCGCUGUUGGAACUGAAAUCGAGGUAUCACCGAAAAUAACAGUGACGGAUCGAGAUGAAGGUGAAAAUGCAAAUAUAAAAGUAAUAUGUUCUGCCAAAGAAAGAGGAAGCGAUGCUGAAGCAUGUUCCGUCUUCAGAAUUGUUACAGAUAUGGUGACACCAAACGAAUACCAAGUCAGAAUCUUCCUCGCGAAACCACUUGACUUUGAAAGUCGAUCAGCUUACAUAAUAUCGCUGGAGGCUUCGGACGCAUCUGACAAACCUCUUCGAGCCACAGCUAGUGUAUCAACAGCUAUACGAGAUGUGCAGGACCAACCUCCGGGGUUCGUGAAUGCGCCAUAUUCUGCAACAGUUGCUGAAAAUACUCCACCUAACACAAGCAUAAUGGAAAUCGUAGCCAAAGACGGGGACACGGCCAACCCACGUCCCGUGUUGCUGACUUUAGAGGGCGACAUAUUACACUACUUUAAGCUGGAUCCGGAAAGGUCUAUAGGAAGAGCCACGCUGGUGACAACGGAUGUUCCUAUAGAUAGAGAGAGCGAUGUAGUUGUGCAAAAUGGAGGCGUUUAUAGUUUUUACGUAAAGGCAACAGAAUUAAUUAACAAUGAAGUGCCAUCCGAUUCCACAGUUAUUCCUGUGACAAUAAUAGUGACAGAUGUUGACGAUCAUAUACCCCAAUUUAAUCGAGAUUUAUUCGACAUUUCGAUACCUGAAAAUAUUGAAAACGGAAGUCCAAUCCCAGGUCUAUCGAUAUAUGUUGAAGAUAAUGACUUAGGGCAUAAUAGUAAAUAUGAUUUAAAGUUACGCAAUGUUUUUAACUCUGAAGACGUAUUCUCCAUUAGUACAGACCACGGUGAAGGAAGAACUCCUAUUAGCAUAAAAGUAAAGGAUUCAUCUAAAUUGGAUUAUGAUAUCGAGGACGAAGAUAAACGAUUGUUUAAUUUCGAUAUUGUUACCUCAGUAAACAAUAAAGAACUUUCAUCUGCGAGAAUAAAUAUCAAAUUACUGGAUGUUAACGAUAACGCUCCUGUGUUUGACGAACCACAAUAUAAAUUUAACGUGUCCGAAAGUGCUCCAGUUGGUUUUAAAAUUGGUGAUGUACAAGCAACAGAUAAAGAUUAUGGUAUAUUUGGAGAAAUUGAGUAUUCUCUUACGGGAUUUGGAUCACAUUUAUUUAAGACUGAUAAAAAUAGCGGGGGCUUAUUUGUAGCAAAUAUAUUGGAUUAUGAAACACAAAGAAGUUAUAGUCUAACCCUGUUUGCAAAAGAUGGCGGUGGGAAAGGGACAACUACGAGUAUUUUCAUUGAUGUUCUAGACGCAAAUGAUAAUGCACCUAUUUUUGAAGCUUCGGAAUAUAGUCGUACUAUCAGAGAUGGUGCUACUACUUUUGAACCACAGCUAGUUGUGCGGGCAACUGAUCUAGAUGGUCCGACUCAAGGUGGUGGACGAGUACGAUAUUCUCUGGAGUCAGACAAUAGCAUCGCACACAAAGGAAAGGUGUUUGCAAUUGAUGAAGAUACAGGAGAGAUCACUAUUAUGAACAAAGUGGAGACGAUGGACACUCCAAGAGGUCAAUACGAAUUGGUGGUUAGAGCUACUGAUUACGGAAAACCAACGAAAUUUAACGAAACGAAAGUUUAUAUAAGGGUAGGUGUUCCUGGUAAUCAGCGACCAACAUUUAAAGGAAAUUAUCACAAUUACAAAUACAUAGUCAAUCAACGAAAUCCAGAAAGCAAUGAAGAUUUUACAUUUGAUCUUAAUCCGAUGAAUUAUAAAGCUAGUAUUAGAGAAGAUGCCUCACCUGGACAAAAUGUUACUACAGUUGUAGCGAGUGACCCUGAUGGCUUGGACGAUCUAUUAACAUAUCAUAUUGUAUCUGGCUCUAAAGAUAAUUUUGUAAUUAAUGAGCGGAGUGGCUUGAUAACUGUUUCUAAUGAUUCAAUUCUCGAUCGAGACGUAAAUCCAGACCGCUACGAAAUAAUAGUUUCUGCGGUAGACAGUGGUAUACCAAUUCCAGAAACAGCAACAACUACUGUCUUUGUAACCAUACUGGAUGUUAAUGAUAAAUCUCCAAAAUUUAACGUUACUGAAUCAACAACAUAUAUAUCUGAAAGAACUAGAGUAAAUGAUGUUGUAACUAAAAUUGGUGCUUAUGACUCAGAUUUAAAUGCAAAACUUAAAUUUAGUCUCAUUGAACCGAUAAAAGCAUUUUCAAAAGCAGGCGUCCAACUAAAAUCGAAUUCACCAUAUGAUUACAAAAAUAUUUUUAAAAUUGAUGAAGAUUCUGGUGAAAUAUUAGUUAAUGGUAAGCUAGAUUAUAGUCAAAUGUCUAUAAUAAUUCUUACUGUAAAAGUAUCGGAUAUCAAUGCAGAAAUAAAUAAAGACAAACAAUUUGCUAUGAUGGAACAUACAAUAUAUAUCCAACCGUAUGCAGAUAAAAAUCCACAGUUUACAAAUCCAGGCUGGACUAGCUCUAAUCCUGUAAUACAUCAUAAAGUAAAAGAGGAUCAACCUAUUGGAAGUACCGUCCUUGUACUAAUGGCAGAAGAUCCAACAUCAGGUCAUAUGGUGUCUAAUUUCAAAGUAAUAAAUUCACAGACUGGUUUAUUACAAGUAGAUCCUUUGAGCGGGCAAGUAGUUUUGACUAAACACCUGGAUUACGAAGAGUUGACUAAUCCAAAUUUGACCCUUACUGUUCAAGCUACCAGUAACGAUGGUAGUAAACAUAGCACAGCCAAAAUAAUAAUAGAAGUUGUGAAUUUAAAUGAUAUCGCGCCAGUGUUUGAUAAAGAGCUUUAUAAAGUGAGUGUUCUAGAAUCAAUUAAACACCCAGAUCAGAUAAUAACAGUGAAAGCUGUAGACAACGAUGCAGUUUUAACUGAGGAGGAUAAAACAAGCGGGUACGCUGAUGUACGUUAUACAUUGAGAGGAGACAAUGCCGAACUGCUUACUAUUAACAAUGUUACGGGAGUAAUUAAGGUAGCCCCAAAUAAAACGUUAGAUCGUGAACGGCAAUCUGUUCUCCGCUUAGAAGUGGAAGCAUUCGACACACCUAAAGGUGGGGGUGAUCGUCUUAAAUCUGUAGCUACACUUCUAAUAGACGUGUUAGACGUAGAUGACAACACGCCGACCUUUGAGAAGGCUCUAUAUACAGCUGUUGUACCAGAAAACGUCCCAGUGGGUUUUACAGUUACAAAGUUAACAGCAACUGACCCAGAUGAAGGUCUUGGUGGUGAAAUUAAAUACGAAUUCCUAGAUGAAGGGGAAGCUAAUGGUUUGUUUGCUAUCGAUGGAGCCACGGGCGUGGUGAGCACGCAUGCCGCACUUACAGGCCGCGGACGUACGGCGCCCUACCGUUUGCUGGCGGCUGCUACGGACGGCGGCGAGCACCAAGCGGUCGCAUCGCUGGAGUUGUACGUAGGUGACGUCAGCGCUAACGAUGGCGUACCCGCCUUCAUCAGACCCACGCCCGGGGAGGAGCUUAGUGUUAGUGAGAAUGCAACAAUUGGCACGACGGUGUUUCAAGUGGUUGCGACCGACCCUGACGACCCCACGCAGCCUUCCGGGCAACUUAUGUACUCCAUACAACCAAGUAAUGCUGACGCAAAAAUAUUUGCUAUCGAUCCACACACAGGGCUAAUAACGACACGUCAGACAUUAGAUCGUGAACGUCAAGCACAGUACACAUUAGUUUUGGUGGCAGCAGACGGUGGGCGACCACCUCAACAAACCUCACGCGUAGUGCGUGUGCAGGUGGCUGAUGUGGACGAUCAUCGACCGCGGUUCGCAAGAGCUCUGGACGAUCCGCCAGUACUAAUGUCUACGAAUGAAGAAGUUCCAAUUGGAACUGUGAUUGGACAGCUUGAAGCUGUUGAUGAAGAUAUUGGCGAGAAUGCUGCUAUAGAUUAUACCAUAACAGCGGGCAAUGAACUCGAAUUGAUAAAAAUACAACGCACUAAUGAUAGUAAAGCACUUCUAAUUGCGGCUGCGAGAUUGGACAGGGAGGCUGUUUCAAGACAACUACUUACCGUAAAAUGCUUCAAAUAUGGUACCAAGCCGAGAUUGAGUAAAUCUUAUAAUAGAUUGGAUCCGACUGAAAUCCAGGUGGUGAUCAAGAUACUGGAUAUAGACGAUCACCUACCAGAAUUCGAAAGCACCAAUAUGACAAUCGGGGUCCGUCUUAACGUACCGGUAGAUACAGUCAUAGCCACAGUUAAGGCCAUAGACAAAGAUCCUGAUGCACUCCUUAUUAAUUAUAAAAUCAUAAACAUGACUUUUGAGUCGCCUAUAAAGUCGAAAUCAUCGAAUAACGUAACUGAUGUGAUUUUAGUAAAUAACGUGACAGGAGAAAUUAAGAUUAUGAAAAAUUUGAUACAUUACGCUGAUGGUAUAUUCAGAUUAAUCGUACGAGCUAACAAUUCCAACGAAACAGACCGAUACAGUGACCUUCAAGCUGAAGUCGUAGUGGUGCGUGAGCGCGACUUGUUGAGGCUGGUUGUACCCGACGGACGGUCCCGCCUCGCUUCACUGAAGGAACAAAUAUCGAAAAUUCUUGUACCUCGCAACUUAAAACUGCAACUACACGACGCUCCACAUGCAGCUUUCUAUGACAACGUUGGGCCGUGUUUUCAGUUGCGCAAGACGGACACGGGUGAGGCUCUAACUCCGAAGGCAACACGAGCCGCUAUGCGGUCUGCGGGUGACGAGUUACAAGCGGUGCUACUCGAGCACGGUGUGCGUGGUGUAGCAGGCUGCGGGCCCACGCGCAGCACGCAGCACUCACCAGCACAACGCGCACUAUUGCUUCUAGCUGCAGCAUUGCCGCUAGCUGCGCUUACUGCUGUCAUAGCGCUGUGCUGUCUGCGCUCCAGAGCCAAGAGUCGCAUGCGCGCCGCGCUCCACGCCGCGCAUGACGUCCCGCCGGCAAGCCGCGCGCCGCGCCUGCUCGCCGAGCCACUUUACUCCACGUGACAACUCCUCCACAACACUUAUACAUAAUAUUGUCGUAUAUAGAUUGCGUCGUUACUUGCCCACAUCCCACAUUUAUACAUAGAUAAUUAUUUUAAAAUUCAAUGAGCCAAUUCAAAAAAAACCUAACAAAGAAUUUGCCCAUUUUUAUUAAUUAAAAAUGUAUAUUGCCGUUGAAUAUUUACUCGCUUAGAUAUAUUUUCUUAAUAAUGAAUUUAAUAUGUAAUGAAAAAAAGAGAGAAUUAAAAAAAAUACAUUUUACAAAAGUAAAUUGAAUGGUAACCCAAAUUAUAUGUUGAAUUGAUAUACUGAAUGAUUUACUCUUUUACAAAUUCUAUAAAAAGACGUAAUUAAUAAUCUGUUCAAUUAAUUUCGUGUUUCGCAUGUUUGAGUUAAGGCGGUAUUUACCAAAGCAUAUUCGCUUAGCGAUAUUGCCUUGUUAGACUGAUUGGGUGUAUUCGUAAAAUAACAAACACGUCGCAUACACGUAACAAUUUGUAUGUGAGAGCACGUGAAAAAAGUCAUACACAAGCCAACAGGACUAUAAAUAUAAGGAGUACCUAUAAACUAUGCUACAUGCCUCAAAAGCUACAUAACUGUAUAAUUCUAUAACUUCAAAUUAUAAAUAUAGACCAAGUCAUUGAUAUAUUAUAUUUUGUGUUUAAAAAAAUAAAAAAUUAACUCUACGAAUUUAUAUUAAUUGUAGUUCUAAUAAAAAAAUGUGUACCUUUAUUAAUAAAUAGUAAAUUUUUGUUUAUAUUUAACUACUGAAAUCCAUUUGGAAUACAUUUUUAUUGUUUAAAUAAUUCAUCAAUAAAUUUUAAUGUAUGUGUGUGUGCUUAGAUUAUAGGCAAACAACUGCGUUAUAUGAGUAAUUGCUUCGAGUUUAUGCCGUUUUCUUUGAACUCACUGUUUUAGGAAUUAACGUAGAGCAAUUUUUCAAGAACAAACCCGAUCGUAAAGUGUCAGAAAGUGAUAUGCGACAUUGAUUACAAUAAUCGUAUCACAUAGAGGAUACACGCAUUGAAAACGCAUAUCACCGUCAAUAUUACGAAUUACAAUUUCACGCGUUAGAUACGAAGUGAGCGCUUACGGAAUAGCGCUGCAGGUGCGACUUACAGGCACAUAGGGCUGCCAAUCAUACUUUAUGAAUAUUAAAUAUACUUGAUUUAUAAGGUUACGAAUUAUACGAAAUUAUAAGAUGUAAUAUAAUAAUUUUCAUAGAUUGUAUGUUAUUUGCUAAAUGACCUUGAAAACGAAACGGUUCGUACAAAUGUUUCUACAAAUCUGAAGUAAACAUAUAAUUGUGAUAAUUUAAUAAGAGGUUAAGUCUAAGUCACAACAAUAUGAAUAUUUUUUUUUUAUAUUUCCUUAAGGAAUUAUUGUAAAACUUAUCCUUGUAUAUAG